UAUUGAUUACUGUUGUCGGCGCUUUUGAUUGAGGAAAAUGAACUGCUUCCCUUGUUUCCGAUCCCAUAAAAGCAAGAAAUCGCCCGAGACUUCUUUUAGAGAACCAACGGAAGCAAAAGUAAUGGAGAAUACGAGACCAAACCAAGGAGGAGAAAAAGGAGAGGCGGCUGCUCUUGCUAAUGCUAAUGCUAGCAACGGAAACGUUCAGGCACAAACAUUCACUUUCCGUGAGCUCGCGACUGCAACUAAGAACUUCCGUCAGGAGUGUCUGAUCGGUGAAGGAGGAUUUGGAAGAGUCUACAAGGGAACUCUGCAAUCCAGCGGCCAGGUGGUAGCUGUGAAGCAACUUGACAGGAAUGGACUCCAAGGAAACAAGGAGUUUCUUGUUGAGGUCUUGACGCUGAGUCUUCUGCACCAUCCGAAUCUGGUCAACCUCAUCGGCUACUGCGCUGAUGGCGACCAAAGGCUUUUGGUCUAUGAAUUCAUGCCAGGGGGCUCUGUGGAAGAUCACUUACUUGACCUGAUGCCUGAACAAAAGGCACUAGAUUGGUAUACAAGAAUAAAAAUUGCAUACGGUGCUGCUCAAGGUCUGGAGUACUUACAUGACAAGGCCAAUCCCCCAGUUAUAUACCGCGAUAUGAAGUCCUCGAACAUCUUGUUGGACGAACAUAUGAAGCCAAAGCUCUCCGAUUUUGGGCUCGCCAAGCUUGGUCUUGGUCCUGUGGGGGAUAAAAUACAUGUAUCAUCAAGGGUGAUGGGUACCUAUGGCUACUGUGCUCCAGAAUAUGCAAGAUCAGGCAACCUCACUUUGAAAUCUGAUGUUUACAGUUUCGGAGUAGUUCUACUAGAGCUCAUCACAGGACGAAGAGUUGUCGACCCCGCAAAACCUGUUGAUGAGCAAAAUCUUGUUUCUUGGGCAGAACCCUUGUUCAGAGAUCCAAAAAGGUUUCCUGAUAUGGCAGAUCCACUACUUCAAAAGCGAUUCCCCGAGAGAGGUUUGAAUCAAGCAGUUGCAAUAGCAGCUAUGUGUUUGCAAGAAGAACCAGGAGCUCGUCCCUUGAUGAGUGAUGUCGUUACAGCUUUGAGUUUUCUUUCAAUGCCUACAGAUGAGGAUAUUCCUUCUCAUCUUCCUGUUGCAGUCUCAAUUCGUAAAGUUACAAGUCAAGUGUACGAACAUGAAAGUUCAUCAUUGCAUCUUCAUGGUGGCGAAAACAGCAAAAAACAACUUCUUGAUGACACUUCAGACGACGAAAGUCCGAAAAAUGUAGAGCAACCCAAGAAAAGCUCUUCAAGAUCAAGCCGCAACAGCAGCAAGAGAUCAUGUUCUUCGGUCAAUCAAAAGAGCAUUAGCAAGAGAUCAGAGGAAGGAAGUGUUUCUUCAAGUGUCAAAAGUAGCAGCUGCAGGGGAUCAGAUGAUGAUGGAAGCGUUUCCUCAGGCGAGAAAUCCGACGAAGAAUGUGAGAAAUCACUUUUUUCUUUUAGCCAUAAGAGUAGCAAAGAGAUUCAAGAUGACAGUGUCUCUUCAAAUCACAGGAGCAGCAUAAAUUCGCUUUCUUCAAUAAGCCGAAAGAGUAGCAGAAAUGCCUCUUUAAGCAAAAAUAACAGUAGGGGAAGCAGUUCUUCAAGUUCCAAGAGCAGCAACAUCCACCUUGAUCAAAGAAGCAGCAAGGGAUCAGAUGAUGAAAGCGCUUCUUUCGGUCUUUUCAGUAACAAAGAAAUAGAAAACACAACCGAUGAUUUUGACCAUCACAGCAGCAGCAGCAGGAGCAGCAGGAGAUCUCAAGAUGAAAAUGUUUUGUAA